AUGUCUCAAAGGAGCAUAAAGAAGAAAGGACAUCUUGGAUGUUUAAGAAAGAAGUUCCAGAGCUCAGAAAGAGCCAUCAAGGCUGCCAUUCUCAUUCAGAGGUGGUAUCGUCAAUAUGUUGCCCGGUUGGAAGUUCGCAGACGGUGCACGUGGACUAUUUUUCAAUCAAUUGAGUAUGCAGGAGAGCAGGAUCAAAUCAAGCUGCAUGACUUUUUCAGUUAUUUGAUGGACCACUUUACUCCAGCUUCUGGCAGUGAACAAGAUCAUAUUUCCCAAAUUUUCACUCAGACAAAUAGGUCAUGUAAGAAUACCGAACAGGAUAAUCAAUGCAUCUACAGUAACAUUGAGAUUUCAGGCUCUUACACUGGACCCCAUCUCGGUUUCCCGCUCACUCCUGCACAUGUAACUGCCUUACUGGAAGCUUUCAAAAAUGAACAACAGCUUCAUGCUCAUUAUGUGUUAGAGCUUCUCAGUGAAACCAGGAAGCAUUUGGAGCAUUUGCCAAAUAUAAACCACCUUUCUACCUCCUACAGUAAAGAAAUUACAAUAUGCGGUGAUUUACAUGGAAAUUUGGAUGACUUAUUUUUAAUAUUCUAUAAGAACGGGCUGCCAUCCCCAGAAAAGGUGUAUGUCUUUAACGGAGACUACGUUGACAGAGGGAAACAUUCCAUUGAGAUUCUGCUAAUUCUGUUUGCAUUUCAACUUGCUUAUCCAAAAACAAUCUAUCUAAACAGAGGAAACCAUGAAGAUCAUGUCAUCAACUUAAAAUAUGGGUUCACAAAGGAAGUAAUGCAGAAAUAUCAGGUGCAUGGCAGUAGAAUACUGAAAUUAAUACAGAGUGUUUUCAGUUGGUUGCCACUAGCUACAAUUAUAGACGAAAAAGUAUUGAUUUUACAUGGAGGUAUUUCAGAAGCAACAGAUUUGGAUUUCCUGAGCAAGAUUGACAGACACAAGUAUGUUUCAGCCUUGAGGCCACACAAAAGGAAAAGGAAUGAAUGGAGCAAGCAAGUGUCAGAUCAGAAACAAUACUUCAAUGGGGGUAAUGAGCAAUGUAUGAACAAAUCUGAUCAAACUCCAAGGAAGAAUUUGUUAUCCGGCAUCUUUAACCUUCAUUCUCAUACGUACAAGAAUCAGAGGGGACAGAGUUCUGGCACAACAUGUGUAAAGGAAAAGGAACUCUCUCGAAGUGUAAGGUGUUCAGUUGAGGAGGAACUAGACAAAUGUCGUAGAAAAGUGGGAUUCAGUAACACGUAUGAAGAAUCUAAAACGUCACAGCCCACGUUAGAUUCAGAUACUCAAGAAAUCCUUGACUUCGAUAAGCAUGAAUGGAAACAGAUUGUGGACAUCUUAUGGAGUGACCCAAUGCAUCAGGAAGGUUGUAUCCCAAAUAAAGUCAGAGGAGGUGGAUGCUACUUUGGACCUGAUGUGACUGAAAAGAUUCUACAGAAACACAAAUUACAGCUCUUGAUCAGGUCCCAUCAGUGUAAACAGGAGGGCUACGAGUUCUGUCACAAUGAAAAGGUCCUGACCAUAUUUUCUGCUUCUAAUUAUUAUGAAAUUGGGAGUAACAAAGGAGCUUAUGUGAAACUUGGCCCUGACCUUGUUCCUCAUUUUGUACAGUAUCAAGUUAGCCAAAGUACUCGGAAACUAACCCUGAGGCAAAGAGUGAGUAGAGUCGAGAGAUCAGCAUUAGGAGCUCUGCGGAAGAAGAUUUUUGCUCAUAAAUCAGACCUCAUCAGUGCAUUUGAGCAUUAUGAUAAGAAUAAAACAGGUAAAAUAUCACUGAAUGACUGGGCAGAUGCCUUGGAGGCAACUUUAGCUUUGGGACUGCCAUGGCGUGUUUUGCGAUCGCAACUUGUGCCCAGUGCUCCGAAUGGACUUCUGAAUUUUUGCUCAUGGUUCGAUGAUCUUGCCAAAGAGAAACCCAUUGCACAGUAUGUCCAACCUAGUUUGCUGGAAAUGCUUUACAGAAGCAGGUCUGACCUGGAAACCAUUUUCAGAAUUAUUGACAGUGACAACUCUGGUCUGAUAACGUUCGAGGAAUUGCAAAAAACUUGUAAACUCCUCAGUUCUCACCUUAACAUUGAUGUUAGUGAUAAAGCCAUUGGUGACCUGGCUCGCAGUAUGGACUUCAACAAGGAUGGAAGUAUAGACAUUAACGAGUUCCUUGAGGCUUUCCGUCUGGUUGACAGCUCAAGUUACUAA